AUGGCUCCUCGAACUUUCAAAAAGAUGGUCAUUGCCAUCAGUGGCACUUUUGCCGGAUACAAGCAGGCGGAGAUGAGGCUGACCCUUUUCCUCCUUCCAGCGGACAUCAAAGCUCUCGUGGAGGAGCAAGGCGCCACUUUCAGCUCUUCGGUCACUGAUCAGUGUACACAUCUUGUCACCACUGAAAAAGAUGCAGAGAAAAAGGGCAUCAAAUACCAAGCUGCCUCUAAGUCUGUCAUUUGCCAGGUUGUCUCGCUCGACUGGCUACUUGAUUCUGUUGAGAAAAAAAAGCCGAUCGCUGAGAAGGCUUAUCUGCUGGGUGCGGCCGAUGCUGCUAAUGGCCCUGAUAGCAAGCAAGAUGACAAGAAAGUUAUCAAAAAGGCCAACGGAAAGGCCAAAGUACAGGCAACCGACAAGAACGGCAACGGUGUUGUUGACAGUCAGGAUGCCAAGGAAGAUGACCAGAAAGAUGCGAAAAAGGCUAGCAAAAAGAGUGGAACUGGAAAUGCCAGUAAGAAGCGAGUUAUUAAGGAGGAAGACGACGAAGAACCCGCGGAUGAAUCAAAUAAAAAGCAAAAGGACUCCCAAAAGGCCAGUUUCAAACAAUUGAUUGUCCCCGUGGAUGAAGAAUUCAUGUCGUGCAAGCAUGCUUUCAAUAAUCCCCAGGUCUACAUUGAUGGAUCGGGCUUGAUUUGGGAUGCGACCUUGAACCAGACCGUCGCAGCCGCCAAUAAUAACAAGUUCUACCGAAUUCAGAUUCUCGCCCGUGCAGAUGGCAAGACCUAUGUGACUUGGACCCGCUGGGGGCGAGUUGGUGAGCAUGGCCAGUCCGCAUGCUUGGGUGAUGGCUCGCUGCAGGACGCAAAGAAGCAAUUUUUGAAGAAGUUCAAAGACAAAUCUGGCCUAUCAUGGGAGAACCGCCUCGAUGCUCCGAGGAACAACAAGUACACCUUCCUGGAGCGGAACUACGAAGAAGAUGAUGAGGAGGAGGAGGAGAAGAAGAAGAAGAAGCAAGAUGAAAAGUCAGAGAAGAGUGUCAAGCUGGAGCCUGGCGAGAACAAGCCACCGGUGGAGAGCAAGCUGGAGAAACCCCUUCAGGAUCUGAUGUCCUUCAUCUUCAACCAGCAGCACAUGAAUUCUGCCCUUGAGUCGAUGUCCUAUGAUGCCAAGAAGCUGCCCCUGGGUAAGCUGAGCGAAAGGACUCUGAAGGCUGGUUUCUCUGUUCUUAAAGAAUUGGCCGAACUGCUUGUCGAUCCAACCCUCUCGUUUUCUAAGUACAGCAUGAAUCUCGGAACCGCCCAAGAGCACCUGAGCAACCGCUACUUCACUACGAUUCCCCACGUCUUCGGCCGCAAUCGACCCCCUGUCUUGAACUCCGAUGCGAUGAUCAGGAGAGAGGUUGAGCUUCUGGAGGCAUUGACGGACAUGGAUGUUGCCAAUGAGAUCUUGAAGGACUCAAAAGAGGCGGACGAGAUCCACGCUCUGGAUCGCCAGUUCCAGAGCCUGGGAAUGGAGGAGAUGACACGCCUCGAACCCCGAUCAACCGAGUUCAGCGAGCUGUCUGAUUACUUGUGUAAUUCCCGCGGCGCAACCCACAAUCUCGAAUACAAGGUUAUCGAUAUCUUUCGUAUCGAGCGCAAAGGUGAGACAGACCGUUUCACAAACUCUUGUUUCGCAAACCUCCAGAACAGCGACCGUCGUCUCCUUUGGCACGGAUCUCGCAGCUCGAACUUCGGUGGUAUUCUCAGCCAAGGCUUGCGUAUCGCGCCACCGGAGGCACCCGUCAAUGGCUACAUGUUUGGGAAAGGCGUGUAUCUCGCGGACACGUCCAGCAAGUCUGCCAACUACUGCUGCCCUUACAACAGUGGAAACAUGGGUCUGCUCUUGCUGUGCGACGCCGAGCUGGGUGAUCCCAUGCUCGAGCUUCGUGACAGCGACUACAUGGCGGGUGAGAAUGCGAAGAGCCAGGGGAAGAUUGCUACGCUUGGCAUGGGCACGAGUAUUCCCGGUGGAUGGAAGGAUGCCGGGGAUGUGAACGCUGCCUUGAAGGGGGUCAAGAUCCCGGACGUUGGUAUUGGGUCGAGCGAGCGGAAGGACGACCAGCAUGUGUGGCUACAGUACAACGAGUACAUCGUGUAUGAUAUUGCUCAGAUCCGCCAGCGUUACCUGUUCUACGUUCAUAUGCGCUGA